GGCGGAAGUGGUUGGGGAGUGAGGCGACCCGAAGGGGGCGGUUCCCGUUCCACCGCGGAGCCGGAUGUUUGCCGAGCUUUGACAGGCGUGGCAGAGGGAGCAGUACCCGAGCGCGGUUUGCCUUCAGGUUCUGCCACAAGGGACAGAUUUGACGAUGGAUCCACUCUCAGAACUGCAGGAUGACCUGACCCUCGAUGACACCAGCCAGGCUCUGAACCAACUGAAGUUGGCCUCCAUUGAUGAGAAGAACUGGCCCUCAGAUGAAAUGCCAGACUUUCCCAAGUCAGAUGACUCCAAAAGCAGCUCCCCAGAACCAGUCACACACCUGAAGUGGGAUGACCCUUACUACGACAUCGCUCGGCACCAGAUUGUGGAGGUGGCAGGAGAUGACAAGUAUGGGCGGAAGAUCAUCGUGUUCAGUGCCUGUCGGAUGCCCCCUAGCCACCAGUUGGACCACAGCAAGCUCCUGGGGUACCUGAAGCACACUCUGGACCAGUAUGUGGAGAGCGACUACACACUGCUGUACCUGCACCACGGUCUGACCAGUGACAACAAGCCCUCCCUCAGCUGGCUGCGGGAUGCCUACCGGGAGUUUGACCGAAAGUAUAAGAAGAACAUCAAAGCCCUGUACAUUGUGCACCCGACCAUGUUCAUCAAAACCCUGCUCAUCCUCUUCAAACCCCUCAUUAGCUUCAAGUUUGGGCGGAAGAUUUUCUACGUGAAUUACCUGAGUGAGCUGAGUGAGCACGUGAAGCUGGAGCAGUUGGGGAUCCCUCGCCAAGUGCUCAAGUAUGAUGACUUCCUCAAAUCCACACAGAAGAGCCCUGCAACAGCCCCCAAGCCCAUGCCGCCACGACCACCCCUCCCCAACCAGCAGUUUGGGGUCUCAUUGCAGCACCUCCAGGAGAAGAACCCGGAGCAGGAUCCCAUUCCACUUGUGCUCAGGGAGACCAUUGCCUACUUGCAGGCCCAUGCUCUCACCACCGAGGGCAUCUUCCGGAGGUCAGCCAACACCCAGGUUGUACGGGAGGUGCAGCAGAAGUACAACAUGGGGCUGCCAGUGGACUUUGACCAGUACAACGAGCUGCACCUGCCAGCUGUCAUCCUCAAGACCUUCCUUCGGGAGCUUCCAGAGCCCCUGCUAACCUUUGACCUCUACCCCCAUGUUGUGGGUUUCAUCAACAUUGAUGAGAGCCAGAGAGUGGAGGCAACUCAGCAGGUCCUCCAGACGCUACCUGAGGAGAACUACCAGGUGCUUCGCUUCCUGACUGCCUUCCUGGUGCAGAUUUCUGCCAACUCUGACCAGAACAAGAUGACCAACACUAACCUGGCUGUCGUCUUUGGCCCUAACCUGCUAUGGGCCAAGGAUGCCGCCAUCACCCUCAAGGCUAUUAAUCCCAUCAACACUUUCACCAAGUUCCUCCUGGACCACCAAGGGGAGUUGUUCCCCAGCCCUGAUGGCAAGGGACCCUGAGCCCAGCCGACCCCCCAAACCCCUUCUCUGGUAGCCGCAGUUUGGACUCCUCCUCCUGGCUUCAGCCUCACGGAGCCUGGGGCUCCUGCCCAGGAAGUGGGUGAAACCCCAGGAGAUGGAAGCUGGAGCUCGCUAACCGGGUGGCUCGUUCUCCCGCUCUGUCCAGCCCUCCUCCUCACAGGCCCUGGAGGCCGUUACCCGGGGACGUUUUUCUUCGCCUUAUUCUUCUUACUGCCUCUUUGGAUGCCUGGGUUCUGCCAGGCACUCCAGAGUGGGGCUUGGCUCUUCCAGCUGGAGAAGGCCUGAGCCCCUGUAAUCCCUUUCCUGCCUGUUUCCCUGGCAACAGUGGAUGACAAAAUCACUGCCGGCUGGGCUGGUAGCUGGGGCUGGUUCGCCCCUUGGCUUGCCCUGGCCAUGCCGAGGCGCCUCUGAGUCUGGUCGCUCUGCCUUUUAGAAGUCCCACCGUAUGUGGGCUGGAUACAGGCACCCUGCACCUGUUCUCCGCCACCGACUCAGCCUUGGGUAGUUCCACAGCUAAGGAAUGACAAGGCUGGAUCUGCUCCCUGUUCUGCCUCCUGGGUCUGCCUUCCCCAAGCGGAACUGCCCCACAAUGUCUUGACCUGCCAGGAAUGGCAGCUUGGAUGACAGGACAGAGUCCCAACAUCCAUUUUAGUGCCCACCCCAAAGAGUCCUAGUGUUGGGGGGGAAUCAGUGACUCAUGCCUUGGCUGUGUCCCACAUGCACAGAUGUGUGGACUGUAUGUUGUGGAGUUACACUUGUCCCUGCUCUGGCCAGAUGUGACUCGGUGCCUCAGAAUACAUGGUGGCUGCCUCGUCCAGGUGGGGACUCUUGGAGGGAGUAGGGUGGAGGCUCGAGUGACCAUAGGAGGGGCAGAGAUUUUGCUAAUAGUUCAGCCCCUGCCAGGUGGGAUCUGCCAAUCUCCUGAGGGAGUGUGGAGCCCCAGUGUCGUCUUGUCUUUCAGAAAACCUGGCCCCCAGUGAUGGUCAGAAUCCCUCAUUCCACUCCUUCCUAAUGGACCCUGGGGACCUCAUUCCUACAGCCUUGUACCCCCGUGGCAGGGAAACUGCAGUGACCCUGCCCCUACAGCCAUGGCCAGGCAGGGCAGCCCCCUCUGCGAGCCAUGUGGGGCUGGGCCAACCUCACUGGGCUGUGUCCCUAGGCCACUGGCAGAUGAGGGCCUGGAGCUACUGCUGGUUCUGUCAGCCCAGGUUUCUAGCCUGGCCCAGGCGCGGGCUGUUCUGCUCUCUGCUCUCCUUUGUAUAUCAAGUGUUGCUCACAGCCCCAUUUACUGGGGAGCCUUUUCGAUCUGUCCUAACUUUCUUUGUCCCCUGCCCUGCUGGGCUGUACCUGGGGGGUGCUUGUACUGUGAAUCAAGUGUUCACAUUCACACCUGAUGACUUUUGUGGCACCAAUCAUGUAUUUCACCAUUUGCACUUUUUAUAUUUCAAUAAAAAUGGAGAUGAAAAUCUGCCCACCAGGAA